GGCCAUCCCACCUGGAGAGAGAACAACAUUAGAACAAGUUGCUGGACAUAUGAACGUGUCUACUUCCACUGUUUGGCGAAGGUUGAAGAUGAAGGAAAUUAGACGAAUAACGAGUGAAUUGAAGCCUGCCUUGACUGCUGCAAAUGAAAGGGCUCGUGUGGAGUAUGCUCUAAAGCAUCUUGAGCCAUGUAGCCUAACGUCCCUAGGCGGUAUCAAUCCCACAUUUAGGGCUGAUAUGGAUGUGGUUCAUAUAGAUGAGAAAUGGUUUUAUCACACGCGGAAGACCCAAAACAUGUAUUUGAGCCAUAGAGAGAAUGCACCACACCGGGAAUGUAAACAUAAAAACCACAUUCAAAAAAUUAUGUUCUUGUCCGCAAUGGCUAGACCGAGGUAUGAUGCUCAAGGCAAUUGUGUUUUUGAUGGCAAGAUUGGGGUUUGGGCUUACACAGAGUGGGUGCAAGCUAAAAAGAAGAGUCAAAACAGAUUGAGAGGGACAUGGGAGCUGAAGCCUUGCCAUACAGUGGACAGGGAGAAAAGUCAGGAAUACUUAGUGAAAUACGUACUGCCGGCUAUAAAGGAAAAGUGGCCUGAGAGCGAUAGAUGGAACAUCAUCUAUGUACAGCAGGACAAUGCUAGGACUCAUAUAAAACCAGAUGAUCCACUUUUUUUACAGGAAGCUGCUAGGGGUGGUUGGGAUAUUAGGAUGAUAUACCAACCUCCUAAUUCUCCCGACACAAACAUAUUAGAUCUUGGUUGGUUUGCCUCAAUUCAAGCCAUGUUCCAUAAAAAGAUGCCCAAGACCCUAGCCGAGAUUGUCCAAAAGGUUAAUCAAUCCCUAGCUGAGUAUCCCCAUCAAAAGCUCAAUAGGAUCUGGUUGAGUCAUCAAGCGUGCAUGAGAGAGAUCAUCAAGCACAAGGGGUCUAUCCACUACGCAGUUCCUCACUUGAAGAAAAAAGCAUUAGAGAGACAAGGACUUCUCCCGGUUCGUUUGACGAUUGAUCUAGAAUAUGUUGAGCAGGCAAUUGAGUUCUUGAACUCAACAUAAUUUGUACUACCUCAUGUGAUGGUGCUACUCCAUAUAUUGUGAUGGUGCUAAU